AUGGUACCGCUGGACAUUACAGCCUUAAUUCAACCUUACAGGAAUGACGGAGAACGAAGGAAGAACACGCAUAUGAACACUAAAACAGCAGCCCAUACACAUCUUCAUGUACAAAAAGAAGGAGCAACAGAGGCGAAAACGGAAAGGACACUCAAUAUGUCGUUGGAAACAAAGGCAGAUAUACGAAUAAACCAUCCCAAACCAAUGUGUUUCUUUUUACGGGGCGUUAAUGCACUCGCGCUCGAUGUUUGCAUAGAGCACCUUCUACAUAGUCUUCUCACAGAAUAUCUUCUUUUGUAA